AUGGGACCAGCUAAUCUUACACAAGUUUCAGAAUUUCUUCUCCUGGGACUUUCAGAGGAGCCAGAACUGCAGCCCCUCAUCUUUGGGCUUUUCCUCUCCAUGUACCUGAUCACUGUGUUGGGAAACCUGCUCAUCAUCCUGGUGGUCAGCUCAGACCCCCACCUCCACACACCCAUGUACUUCUUCCUCUCCAACCUGUCCUUUGUGGACAUCUGUUUCACCUCCACCACCGUCCCCAAGAUGCUGGUGAACAUCCAGAUGCAAAGCAAAGUCAUAACUUAUGAAGGCUGCAUCACCCAGAUGUAUUUUUUCACAGCCUUUGGACUGUUGGAUGACUUCCUCCUGACUGUGAUGGCCUAUGACCGCUUUGUGGCCAUCUGUCACCCCCUGCACUACACGGUCAUCAUGCACCCCCGGCUCUGUGGACUGCUGGUUCUGGUGUCCUGGAUCAUGAGUAUCCUGAUUUCCUUGUUACAUAGCUUAAUGGUGCUGAGGUUAUCCUUUUGCACAGACUUGGAAAUUUCCCACUUUUUCUGUGAACUCAAUCUGAUGAUCGAACUUGCCUGUUCUGACACCUUUGUUAACAUCAUGGUGAUGUAUUUUUUAGUUGGGCUUCUGGGUGGUGGUCCCCUGGCUGGUAUCCUUUACUCAUACUCCAAGAUUGUUUCCUGCAUACAUACAAUGUCAUCUGCUCAGGGGAAGUAUAAAGCAUUUUCUGCUUGUGUUUCUCACCUCUCUGUUGUCUCCUUAUUUUAUUGUACUAUGCUGGGAGUGUACCUCAGCUCUGCUGUGACCCACAGCUUACAGUCAAGUGCAACAGCCUCGGUGAUGUACACUGUGGUCACACCCAUGCUCAACCCCUUCAUCUACAGUCUCAGGAAUAAAGAUAUAAAGGGGGCUCUGAAAAGAUUCUUUGGGUUGACAGAUAUUAAAAGGACAAUCAUCCUGAGGCUGAAAAAAUGUCCUUGA